AUGGCCUCAGCAGCACCAGCACCCUUGGUCCCGCCGCGUCCCUCGAGGGCAUCCAAUAAUGAUGCAACUUCCGCAUCAGCCUCCGUGCCCGCCAUCCCGCCGCGGCCUUCCACGAAGCCACGUUCCACCCCUGAGGAGGGAGAGGCGGAGGGGGAGCAACAGCAGCAAGAGCCAGAGCUCCACACCAUCUCACCAUCUACGGAAUUGCAUCAACCAGUGGCCAGAGUUCCCUACAGAACUCCAGUGAGGAAGAAUACUGGAAUCCCGCAGAUUGGGAAAAGAGUCCCAAUGUAUCCGAAUGCGGGAGAUGUGCAGGCCCCAACUCCGGCAGCUACGCCAGGGGGUGGGAGAAAGGCGCAUGUGUAUAAGGAGGAAUGGGAGAUGGAUGAGGGAGCAUACGGGAGCCAUGGAACGCCGAGGGUGAAUCCGCAUGCCCGAAGUGUUAGCGAUCUCAACCAAUCGGUUGCACAGGGAUUGUCAGCACCAGAAACCUCCACUCCGGUUCCUGACGAAGAAAUCGGUUAUCUAGCCAGCGAACACUAUGCACGCGUUAUCUCUCCGCCCGAAUCUGGGACCCCCGUGGUCGGUUUUUCCGAUCAAGAUACUGCUUCGCUAGCACGAGCAAUUGGAGGGGAUGCUUCUGAAGAUAAGGAUUCGGAGCUUGCGAUACAUCUGGAUCCCCCGACUUAUCACCACCAUCUGCAUAACCACCACCCCCACCGUAUCCCAAGCUCUAGACCGGGAACCAGGCCUAGUACUAGGCCUGCUUCUCCGACUAAGCAUUAUCAUGAUGAUGAAGAUGCAAACGACACGGAAACUGAGAUUGAGAGGGAGCAAGAGUACCCCAUCUUGGCCGCUGAUGAAGUAUUGAAGAGAGCUGGUGGAGGGUAUAUGGCGCCAGCUAUUUCGCCGCCUCUUGCUGCAUGGAGACCCGAGUCUGCCGUCAAUUCAAGGCCUCACUCAAGGCCGCAAUCAACUCAUCCGGUCAAGUUAUCCGGCCAUGGCUUCGAGUCGAAAGAAUCACUCGUUCGGGAGUCUUUAGAAUCCGGAGAACGUCCUGAACCAUUGUUCCCCGAGUCCGAUGAAGAAGCCGAAGGAAAGGAAACUCCAGGGGAGAUGAAGGUUCAUGAAAAACCAAAGAGACCUGGAAUGCCGGAGUCUAUGGGAUCUUCAGGUGGACACAGGUUCCCGAGUAAGGAUGUUUGGGAAGAGGCGCCAGAGUUCUCGCAGUUGGAAGCAACUGUCUCAUCUACCCCGCCUCCGAAAGAUACGGAGAUGACAGAUGAGGAAAGAGAAGCCGAAAGGACUAUCCCAAAGAGGACCGAUGGAAAGCCGGAAACUGGGACGGCGGAAUACAGACAUCAUGUCAGCCGCGAAGGACGAGACGAUGGCCUCGAGAAGCUCCUCAAGCGCGGGUCUAGCACUGAUGACCCCGAUAAGCUAGGCGCCAGUUCCAGCCGCGAGAAGGUCAAAAGGUUCCCUAGUAAUGAUAUCUGGGAGGAUGUCCCACCCAGCUUGGAGCUCAGUGCCGAACUCACGCACCUCCCCGAAGAAGAGUACUCUGCAACGGAGCCCAAAGAUCGCGCAACCACUAGCGGCACCACAAAGUUCGAAGACCCUACCACUUCAGAGGUUGAAAAACGCCCUACGACCGGCGCUCCUAUCGAGGCCAGCUCAAGACCAGAAAUUCCUGCCCGCCCAGCAGUUCCAUCCGCAAGACCAGCACCGAAGGUGCGAGUCCCGAAAUCAAAACCAUCAGUACCUCCCCGUACAGGCGGCAAGAUUGCAGCCUUGAAGGCAGGUUUCCUUAGCGACCUCGACAAUCGAUUGAAACUCGGCCCUAUGGCUCCGAAGAAAGCGGAGGAAGAGGCCCCCGCAAGCCCUGAGAAGGAGAAGGAGAAAGAGGUUCUUGCGGAUGUGAGGAAGAGCCGUGCAAAGGGCCCAAGAGGACGGAAGCUACCCACUGCAACUACAACUGAGGCUGCUGCACCCAAGGAAGAGAAGAAGCCGGAGAUAAUGAGCGUGGGCGUCUGGAGCAUCUGGAGCGUAGGUGAUCAAGGAGACGUUGAAGUCCUCACAGACUCACCGCCCCCUGAGAAAAAGGAGGCACAGGAAGACAAGAAGGAAAAGAAGGAGGACUCCUCUGUUCCUGCCGCGACAACCAGUACGCUUCCUGGUGUAACUGGAACCGGUGUUCAAACCGUUCCGUCAGUCUCAGACACGCAGGAGAAGGAUCUUGAGGUGCCAGCUACCACCGCAGCAGAAGAGAAAGAAGAAAAGGGCGCUCUGCCUACCGUUAUUCCGGCCGAGGAACAUCCUGGAGACGCGGCCCCAGCUGCUGCUGAGAAAAAGAGUGAUGCUGAUGCGGUCGGGGAAACCGAAAAGGGCAGAGUAGAUGAAGCGGCCGAGGUUGCGGUUGCGGGCGGCGAUGUGAGUAAUACGGAAGGAGACGCCAAGGUUGAGGUUUAA